UUCUAUUCUCAGUUGAGGCAUCAAGCAACUGAGAAAUAUUGCUUGCUUACUGUUCUCUAACAAUGGCUUCAAAAAUCCUUCAUGUUAUCCUCUCCUGCAGCCUUCUUUUUCUUCUCCAAUUCCAGUUCUCUGCCGGCCAAAAUGUUGUCAAAGCUGCUUACUGGUUUUCCGGCAGUGAAUAUGCGGUUUCCGACAUCGAUUCCUCUCUUUUCACUCACCUAUUCUGCGCCUUUGCCGAUCUUAAUCCUCAAACCAACCGGGUCACCAUUUCAUCAGGAAACCAGGCCAGGUUCUCCACCUUCACCGCAACUGUCCAACGGAAAAACCCUUCCGUCAAAACCCUCUUGUCCAUUGGUGGCGGCGGUGGAGACGCCGUUAAGGCAGCCUUUGCGUCUAUGGCUAGCCAGGCUAGUUCAAGAAAAUUGUUCAUCGAUUCUUCGAUACAGUUAGCGAGAAACAACAACUUCCAUGGCCUUGACAUUGACUGGGAGUACCCGGCAAACGCUCAGGAAAUGGCCAACUUCGGUUCCCUCCUCAACGAGUGGCGUGCAGCUGUCGCCGCAGAGGCUAGAAGCUCCGGCAAGCCAGCUUUGCUUCUCUCCGCUGCGGUUUCUUACUCUUCAAACUAUUUCGGAGUCAACAACCCUGUCCAGGCUAUCUCAAACAGCCUGGACUGGAUCAAUGUAAUGGCCUACGACUUCUUUUACAAUUCCAAUUCCGGGAGAAUCACUGGACCUCCUGCAGCUUUAUAUAGUCCUGGAACCCAAAUCAGCGGCAACGCCGGAAUCACAGCCUGGAUUCAGGCUGGUUUGUCCGCUAAAAAAAUAGUCCUGGGAUUUCCCUAUUUCGGCCAUUCAUUGCAGCUCGCCGAUGCUAAUAACCAUGGAUUUUGGGCACCGACGAGUGGAGUGGUGAACGGUGGCGCCACGGGGUACAAGCAAAUCAAGCAAUUUAUAGCUCAAAAUAAAGCGACCCAUGUGUUCAAUGCCACUGUUGUUUCGGACUAUUGCUAUUCCGGAACAACUUGGAUUGGCUAUGAUGACACUCAGAGUAUUUCUACCAAGGUCAAUUAUGCCAAGGGGAAAAACUUGCUUGGUUACUUUGCUUGGCACAUUGCCAAUGAUGAUAAUUGGGCUCUCUCUCGUCUAGCUUCGCAGACAUGGGGAUGAGCUUAUAUAGGCAACUUUACAGACAGGAAAUAUGUUGAAGAAUAAAGAUCAUGG